AAAUAAUUGCCUCAAGUUAGAGAAAUUGCAUGACACGCUGUAAAUGACAUGUGAUGAUCCUCCAAGUCCCAACAGUGAAGCUACUCAGGGCUGAGACAAUGAUCAGUUAAGCAAACGUGUGUCAUGGUUGGUUACAUUCUCUCACACCCACUUACCCCGAGGAGGGUUUAAUCCCUUGGUGCACACGCAGAGUUUAUACUGCCCAGGACUUUGGCUUCUUUCUCUCUGCAGAAAACUUUAAACUCUCCAGCAAACAGCAUAAGCACACCUCAAACAUGUCCCUUCUCACCCACCUGUUGGCGUGUCUGUUUGGGAUGGGCUCCUGGGUCUCCAUCAACGGCCUGUGGGUGGAGCUGCCCCUGAUGGUCCCCCAGAUCCCAGAGGGUUGGUACCUGCCGUCGUACCUCUCCGUCCUCAUCCAGAUGGCCAACGUUGGGCCUCUCUUCGUCACCCUGAUGCAUCGCUUCCGGCCCGGCGCCCUGAAUGAAGCAGCUGUCAUAUAUGCGAUCAUUGGCCUGGGAACUGUGGCAAGCUUCCUGCUGGGCUUCUUCUGGAAGGAGACUGUCGUAGUGGCCGGUGUUCCUCGCAGCGUAGCCCUCCUCGUCUUAACUUUCUUCCUCGCUGCUGUCGACUGCACUUCCUCCGUCACCUUCCUGCCAUUCAUGAUGCGUCUCAAGACUCAGUACCUGACCACCUACUACAUUGGGGAGGGUGUGAGCGGCCUGCUGCCUGCUUUAGUGGCUUUGAUUCAGGGAGUUGGAGUGGUCCACUGCAUGAACACCACCCAGUCUCUGAACCACACCCUGAAUUCUUCCGACAGCUCGGUGACCUUUGACCUUGUGGCUCAGUAUCAGCCAGCCAACUUCUCAGCUGAGGUGUUUUUCUUCUUCCUCAGUGCCAUGAUGCUGGUGUGCCUGGUGGCGUUCCUGCUGCUGAACUACCACCCAUCUGUGGCCAGGGAGCAUCCCAGCGGUCAAUACACCAACGGAGUGAAGAAGAAGUCUCAAAGAAACAGGAGGUGGGCGGAGCAGAAGCCCAUGAUGGAUCCAUACCAAUCUCCAAUCCAGAAGCGCAGAAGCAGCUUCGGUACUGGCUCUUACAGCUGGACGCAGGUGUUUUAUAUCUUUGUGAUCCUGGCCUGGGUGAACGCUCUGACCAACGUGGUGCUUCCCUCGGUGCAGUCCUACUCAUGCCUGCCGUACGGGAACAAGGCCUAUCACCUAUCAGCCACCAUGGCUGCUGUGUCCAACCCUCUCGCCUGCUUCUUCGCCUUGUUCUUCCCUAUUAGGUCGCUGCUGUUGAUGGGCGUUCUCACAGUCAUGGGCAGUGGUGUUGGAGCUUAUAUAAUGGGCAUGGCAGUGCUGAGUCCAUGUCCACUCCUGGCUGAUGAAACAUCAGGGGGUGUCAUCAUUGUGUUGGCCUGGAUCCUGUUUGUUCUCACUCUGUCCUAUGUGAAGGUGAUCAUCGGGGUGAUCCUGCGCGACGAGGGCCACAGCGCCCUUGUGUGGUGUGGAGCUGUGGUUCAGCUGGGCUCUCUGCUGGGGGCUGUGACCAUGUUCCCAGUGGUCAGUGUGUACAGCUACUUUUCAUCAGGGGACCCAUGCAACACCAAAUGUCCCUAAAUGAACAAGUCACGCAGAAGAGACCGGAGGCAAAAUUUUAGUAAAGACUCGACAGGUUUGAUCAGAAUUUACUUACUUUGCAUUACCUGAAUCUGAACCUGUCAUUUGAGAGCUUCCACUUUUUUAUAAGAAAAUCAAACCACAAAGAUAGAAGUGUAUAAAGUUAUAAUAGCUGUACUCAUCAUGCUGUUUAGACAGGAUGAACGCUUUGCUGAUGUUGUGAAAAUACUCCACUACAAGUAAAAGUCCAGCAUUCUAAUCCUUACUUAAGUAAAAGUUUAUAAGUAUUGUUAACUAAAUGUACUUAAAGUAUAAAAGGUAUUCAUUGUAACGUAAAAUGUUCCCUAUCAGUGUUUUAUUUUUGCAUUUUACUGCUGUAGAUGUUUAAGGUUAUGCUCAUUUUAAGUCCUUUAUGUACUGUUGGUUAGUUUAGCUGCAGCAAUGCAUUAUAUUCUAUAAAAUCAUCAUAUUUUUGUUGCAUGGCUGUCCUUUGAAAACCACAUACAGUAUGUCUAAAGAGUUUAAAUUUUUUUUUUUAAACAUCCCUGUUUUCAGCUUUGUGACCAAGCCUUUUCCAGCUGAUCCAAGACCAUUUUUAAAGACUUUGUUUGGCUUACGUAAGAAGUGGGAAAAUUAGCUCAACAGCUGAUGGAAUAUUUCAUCAUUCAGAUUAUCACAAACAUUUAAAAUCAACAAACUUUAAAAUACGGGACAUAGGGGGAU